CCGUUAAAGUUUGAUCAGUCUUAUUCCAACACUCUGCGAUCGACGAUGAAGUUUUGGCUAGGAAUUUCUUUGGCCUUAUUGGCCUUGGGCCAAAGUCAUGGUAGUAUUUUUGAGAGGACCUUCAAAAGGAUCCAUGAAGAGCCACCACUGCCUUCUAAUCAGAACCGAGCGGAUGUAGUCCAGACCCUUUGGAUUGAACAGAAAUUGGAUCAUUUCGAUUCGGCAGAGACGCGUACAUGGCAAAUGCGUUAUAUGCUCAACGAUGCUCUCUAUCAGUCUGGUGCCCCACUAUUUAUUUAUCUUGGAGGAGAAUGGGCGAUUUCUUCUGGUGCCAUAACUGGUGGUCACAUUUACGACAUGGCCAAGGAGCACAAUGCCCUUUUGGCCUACACCGAGCACCGCUACUAUGGACAAAGCAAACCCUUGCCUGAUCUUUCCAAUGAAAACAUCAAGUAUCUGAGUGUGAACCAAUCCUUGGCUGAUCUGGCUCAUUUCAUCAAUACCAUCAAGCAAACUCAUCAAGGUCUGUCCGAGUCCAAGGUCGUUAUUGUGGGUGGUUCCUACUCCGCCACAAUGGUGACUUGGUUUAAGAAGCUCUAUCCUGACCUAGUAGUUGGAGGUUGGGCUUCUAGUGCUCCGCUCUUUGCCAAGGUUAACUUUGUGGAAUACAAGGAAGUGACUGGCCAAUCCAUUGAACAGAUGGGUGGCUCUGCCUGCUAUAACCGGAUUGAGAACGGCAUAGCCGAGAUGGAGAGCAUGAUAGCCACCAAACGAGGAGCUGAGGUCAAGGCCCUGCUUAAGCUCUGCGAACCCUUCGAUGUCUACAGCGAUUUGGACGUGUGGACUUUGUUCAGCGAGAUCUCCGAUAUCUUCGCGGGCGUAGUUCAGACUCACAAUGCUGGUCAAAUCGAGAGCGUUUGCCAAAAGAUUAUGGCUGGAUCGAAUGAUCUUAAUGGCGUUGCCGGCUAUCUGUUGGAUGAGUUCGAGGAGAGUGGUGGAAAGUGCUACGAUCUGAGCUAUGAUGGUAUUACUUCAGUGCUCCUGGACACUACUUACAAUGGCAAUAUUAUGCGCCAAUGGAUUUUCCAGACCUGCAAUGAGUAUGGUUGGUACCAGACUUCCGGCUCUAGUGCCCAGCCUUUUGGCACCAAGUUCCCUGUCACAUAUUACACGACCAUGUGUGCCGAUUUAUAUGGCUCUCAGUACAGCAAUGAGUUUAUUACCAACCAAGUGAGUAUCACCAACCAGUAUUUUGGUGGACUGUCUCCUGGCGUGGAAAAUGUCUAUCUAACCCAUGGUCAGUUGGAUCCCUGGAGAGCAAUGGGAAUUCAGGAUACGGAUCAGGCCACCAUCAUUCCAGAAUAUGCCCAUUGCAAGGACUUCAAUUCAAUCAGCUCCAGUGACACUGCUGAAAUGAAGGCCUCAAAGGAACGCAUCGCCGAGCUCGUUCGCGAAUGGGUUAAAUAAUCGAAGUCAACGUGACCGCCAAAUAAAAAUCCCAAUCUAAAAUUAAAUGAAAACAUAUGAACCAGCCUACAAACACCUCUGAUAAAUGAAUCUAAUCGAGUUAAGAUAAGAUUCUAACUAAAUAAAAACGUAUUAGUACCUACAAA